GUUCUGCGCCAUAUUUACUGUGGGCAGCCGGCUAGCUGGAGACAGGCCAGCUGCAGCCGAUUCAACUUCGAAGGAUGUUUAGGGGCCCUCAGAUCCUGACUUGGUCUUGUCCCAUAAGGUCAUUGCUGCUGUUGAGAGAAUCCCACCUUUCUGCUGUCGCUGAGCAAACCAGUGCUGGAUGGCAGGGAGCAAAACGUGUGAAAGAAUGGAGAUAUGAAGAAAUAAAUGGAAGAGGCAGCAGCAAGAAUGGGUCGUCCUUGUCCACAGGGACUGCAUGCUGCUCAGCACAGCUGUCUUCCUUUAGCUCCGACUGUGACGAGUAUCAGCUGAGAAGGGAUUCAUUUGAAAACCUCCCAUCCAAAGCCAUUGUGUUAAGCCAUCAUCACAACCAUCAGGCUUCUGCUGCUGCAAAAUCCAAACAAACAUCUGACUGUUUAAUCAACAUGACUUGCCCUCAGCGCUGGAGAAGGCCUUGGGACUUUUGCCGGCCUUUACUCCGCUACACCAAUAAGACUCCAUGUAACCCUCCUCAAGGCCAUUUACAGCACAGACAGCACUUUGUUAGAGCUUUCGAUCUGCCGUCUAGUACUUCAUGGAACUUAAGCCACUUUCACACCAGACCACAACCCCCCUGUCAGCCUUUUCACCAAACCAGAGGUAUUCAUCAGGCCGCCCCUCGCGUGGCAGACACCUGGAGAGACUGCCUAUCCUCAGAGAAUGAAAACAGGUGUCGACAGAGCCUGGGACCCAACUUGAAGUUGUACGAGGCGGAAAGGGGUAGAAAAGGGGCAAGUCAAAGCUCUGGAAAGAAUCAGGGGAGGUGGGCAUCCAUCCUGGUCUGUCUCUGCUCUGUUGAGGGGGAGCCUUCGUUUCUCUUCACCCUGCGCUCCAGCACGCUGAAGGGCAGGCACAAGGGAGAUGUGAGCUUUGCUGGAGGAAAGAGUGAUCCAUCUGACAGAGAUGUGGUGGCCACAGCCCUGCGUGAAGCCCAGGAGGAGCUGGGUGUUAACGUGGCGACGGAGAGGGUCUGGGGAGUCCUGAAGCCGCACAGGGACGCGUCAGGGAUGCUUAUUGCUCCUGUGCUGGCUAACCUCGGUCCUCUCGAGAAGCUGACCUUGAAACCAAACCCUGGAGAGGUGGAGGAGAUCUUCACCUUGUCCUUGUCCCAUGUGUGCAACCCCCAGAACCGUGGCUACACACACUUUCGCACAGGUGACAAGUACGGAUACACGCUUCCAGUGUUUCGUAACGGGAAACAUCGAGUGUGGGGCCUGACUGCAGUCGCCUUAGAAAAUACCCUGAAAGUCAUUGUCCCUCCGUAGCUGCUCGGUCACGUACUUUACUAGUGACUCGAGGAUUGUUGUGACAAAUGUGCGUUCAGACGUUGUGUAGCAAACUCAUCAGGAAUCAGCGUGAACACAAAACAUUUUCAUUGAUCAACUCUUAUUCAGGACGGUAAAUUCUUUACCUUUCUGGGUUCAUCAGAGUAGGAACUUGUGCACUUUCUGAGCUUCAGAUGUUUAAUAGUUUGGGUGUAUAAAGAUAGUGGCCAGCUGCACUGAUGUCUCUGAUAAGGAGGAGGUGUUGGUAGUUUAGGGUCACCUGAUUUGUGAAACAGAUAUGAAUGAAGUCAAAUGACAGGGCCGGUAUCUUUAUACACCUGACUGAUCCUUACUUGAGCACUUAUUUAUGUUCAUAUUACAAACCCAUUUAUUCAUUUUCAGUUCUUCUGUAUCAACAGAUACCAAUUAUGAUUUUUACAAGUUAAAUCAGUGAGUCGCCGAGAUAACUCGCACCACGUGACCGUCACACGCGGCUCGUGUCUGUUGCAGUUUAUCAGUUCAGGUAAGCGAAGCACAGCCAAACAGACUCCGUGAUGUUCCAGUGUGACUCAAGCUUUGCCUGUUUCUCGUGUUGUCUCAUGCUAAAUCAAAUCUGGACUGUUGAAAAACACUGAACUAAUAGAAGCACAUCGGGAUAAUGUGAAAGAACAAUGCAAUAAAGUUUGUUAUUCUCUC